AGCCGCGGAUUGGCCUUCUCCUCCACACAACACCCAUUUCCUACUCCAAUAAAACGGAUUCCGAUUCAGUGAUAGCCAUCACCGUAUUGCCUCCUCUCAGACGCCGGAAACGCAACGGAUUUCUCCAUAAUCUGCAAAUAUGUGUGAGCGAGAGCGUGAGUGCGACGGGGAGAGUUCGAUGGCUGGAGCGGUGGUUCCGGCGGUGAAGUCCUCGGGACCGAGCGGUGGUCGCCGGUACGAGGUGGAGCCGUCAGAAAUGGAGCCUGAGCUAGACAGGGAAUUUCUAUGUCCGAUAUGCAUGCAGAUCAUCAAAGAUGCGUUUCUGACUGCUUGCGGCCAUAGCUUCUGCUAUAUGUGCAUCGUCACUCAUCUCCACAACAAGAGCGACUGCCCUUGCUGCUCCCAUUACAUCACCGCCGCUCAACUCUACCCUAACUUCCUCCUGGACAAGCUAUUGAAGAAAUCUGCACACCGAAUGUCAAAAACUGCAUCUCCUAUAGAACAAUUUCGUCAUUCAUUGGAGAAGGGUUGUGAAGUUACAAUCAAGGAGCUGGAUGUUCUAUUGUCAAUAUUGGCAGAAAAGAAGAGAAAACUAGAGCAAGAGGAAGCAGAACGAAAUAUGCAAAUUCUACUCGAGUUUCUACACAUGUUAAAGAAAAAAAAAGUUGAUGAGCUCACUGAGAUAAAGAAUGAUCUCCAGUACAUUAAGGAGGAUGUAAAUUCAGUCGAGAGACAUAGAAUAGAGCUGUACCAGGCAAGAGACAGGUACUCAAUGAAACUGCGAAUGCUUGCAGACAAUCCCCUGGGUGCAAACUCUCGGUCUUCAUCAGUAGAUAGGAACACAAUUGGCAUUCCCCUCUCUUCCCGUGCUGCACAUGGAGGACUACCAUCUGGGACCUUGGUGCACCUAAAAAAGGAUGGGGCCCAAGGGAAGGAUGUUUCUGUCACUGAAUUUAAUUCACAGCACAUGAGUCAAUCUGGACUGGCUGUUGUUAGGAAAAAGCGUGUUCAUGCACAGUUCAAUGAUCUGCAAGAAUUUUACUUGCAAAAGAGACGUCAGUUGGAAACCCACUUACAAGACAAAGAUAAGAGGAACCAAAAUGCGAUGAGAAGAGAAGGUUACAGUGCUGCUUUGGCAGAUUUCCAGUCUGUACUGAGUACAUUCACACGUUAUAGUCGACUAAGAGUCAUUGCUGAGAUACGACAUGGAGAUAUUUUUCACUCAGCUAAUAUUGUUUCAAGCAUAGAAUUCGACCAUAACGACGAACUGUUUGCUACGGCUGGAGUUUCACGACGCAUCAAAGUAUUUGAUUUCUCUUCGGUAAGCUGCGUAUUCUCUCCUUGCAUAUAUUACUCAGUCUUUUUCUUUGUUUGUUUUGUUCACAAAUCAUCUGGAGAUUAGCUUUGAGAAAGCACUGCUGCUCCAUCUUUCACUACAAAAGCAAAAAACUCCAACUUCACAAAAAUGGAAGAGAUAAUACACACUAUGUUGUACACUCACUGUGUUAUUGUAUUAAAUGUAAUAAUACUAAUAAUCAUCAUCAUGCUGCACAUUUAAAUAAGGAGCAUUCCUUAUUAUUUAAGAAUGGAAGAAGGGUUAAGAAUAUUUGUUAAGAGAGGCUUUAGAUCAUUGAGGUUUAAUGAGCAUAUGAUGCAUCACAUUAAAGAAUGGAAAAAGGA